AGAUGGCGUCGUAUCAUCGUAUUAUAUUGCCAAACAACAUUUUGCCUCUCCAGUCAAAUUUCAGUUUAUUGUUUCACUUCACACAACUCUUAAAUACGAAAUGGAUGUGUGUUAAACACAUUUUAAUUAGAUUUAAUUGAAAUAAAAUAAAGAAAAGAUGACGCGACACGCGAGAAAUUGCACAGCUGGAGCUGUUUAUACAUAUCAUGAAAAAAAGAAAGAUGCAGCAGCCUCGGGUUAUGGUACAAAUACGCAAAGAGUAGGAAAAGAUUCCGUUAAAGAUUUUGAUUGUUGUUGUCUGACGUUACAACCUUGUAGAAAUCCUGUCAUUACAAAAGAUGGCUACUUAUUUGACAAAGAAGCAAUAUUGGAAUAUGUUCUAACCAAAAAGAAAGAGUAUGCAAGAAAAUUGAAAGAGUAUGAAAAACAAAAACAACAAGAAGAGGAACAAUCUAAUGAAAAAAGUGCCAACGAAGAAUUACAAAAGUUGCAAAAUUUUUUAAAAGGAGAGAAAAAUAUCGUUUCCAGAAGUCAAACUGUAGCCAAAGAACCUACAUCUUCAGUUUCUAAUAUGAGCAAUGGUAAAGAUAAGAUGCUACCAAGUUUUUGGAUUCCAUCUAAAACACCAGAAGCAAAAGAAACUAUGGUACAGAAACCAGAUAAAACAAUCUAUUGUCCUGUUAGUGGAAAACCAUUGAAAAUAAAGGAUUUAAUUUCUGUGAAAUUUACUGAAGUAAAAGAUCCAGAUGACAAGAAAUCUCUUAUCGUUAAACAAGCAAGAUACAUGUGUCCAAUUACGCAUGAUAUUUUAAGUAACAGUGUACCAUGUGCAGUUAUAAAAACGACCGGUGAUGUGAUUACAAUGGAAUGUGUUGAAAAAAUUAUAAAGAAGGAUUGGAUUAAUCCAUUGGAUAGCACAAAACUAACAGAAGCAGAUAUUAUACCGCUUCAAAGGGGCGGUACUGGAUAUUCAGCUGUUAAUGAUAGCUUAGAAGGUAAACACGAAAGACCCGUGUUACAAGCAUAAUAUAAAUUAAGUAUUGUAAAUUUUAUAAAUACACAAAUUUUGAUGUACAUAAAUGGACUAUGUUAAUGUAAUAAGAUUAUAAUAAAAAAAUGACUCAAAUAUA